AUGAAUAAUUCGACAGGCACCGCCGCCUUUGCGCAUCCUUACUACCCGGUCACCGCCGCCCUACCUCACUACGUCGCCAACAAGACGUCCGUCUUCAGCCUUCUCGUAUUCUUCGGGUCUAUCAUCUGCUCCGUUGUCUUUGCUGCCGUUGUGGGUGCUAGAAGUGCCUAUCCCCAGCUGGCAGCCUCUGACCAACUUACCGUUGCUUGGUUUGCUCUUUGCGGAUUCCUUCACUGUUUCUUCGAGGGAUACUUCAUCCUCAACCACAGACGCCUUGCUGGUGACCAAUCUCUCUUCGGCCAGCUCUGGAAGGAGUAUGCACUCUCCGACUCUCGCUACCUGACCUCCGAUCCAUUCAUGCUCUGCGUUGAGUCCUUUACAGUACUCGUAUGGGGUCCCCUAUGUUGGGCCAUCGUCAUCACCACUGCCAAGCGGGAUCAGUUGCGCUAUCCCCUACAGAUCAUCAUGAGUAUCGGGCACCUGUAUGGCGUUGUGCUAUACUACUCAACCAGCUUGAUCGAGUUCUACUCCAACGGAGUGUCACACAGCAGACCCGAGUUCCUGUACUUCUGGGUUUACUACAUAGGUCUCAAUGCCCCUUGGGUCGUUGUACCUGCGAUUAUUCUCUACCAAACCACGAUCCAUAUCAAGAAGAACCUCACAGAUCGCGCGGACGUGGUGGCCAAGCUCAACAAGAUUGAUGGCAUUAUGGGUGACAAAUCUUGGCAGACGUAUGUGCCCAAGGACGACAAGAAGAAGACGAAGUGA